GGGAGGAGGGGGAGGAGGGGGAGGAGGGUGCUGGACGUACAUGGCCGAGGACUUCGUCAGCACCCUCCGGGCCAUGGGAUCCAACAGGGCCGUCGUGGAGCGCCCCGUGGUGGUUCGCCAGCGACGGGCGGCCGGCCGUGGCCGUGCACAUCCAGAGAGGUGACGUGAAGGAGAAGGGUAUGAACCAGUUUAGCGAAGGAUUGCAAAAAAAAACACAGGAUUGCAAAAAAAAACCCAAGGGUUAAACGAAGGAUUGCAAAAAAAAACCGAAGGAUUGCAAAAAAAACACAGGAUUGCAAAAAAAAAAACCGAAGGAUUGCAAUCCUUCGUUCAACCGAAGGGUUUUGUUUUGCAAUCCUUCGGUCGCCGCAUUCCUGGUACAUGGACAAGAUCCUGAAGAUCAGGCACCUGAUGCCCAACGCCGACGUGCACGUAUUCACCAGCGUAGAUGAGAGCACCGACCAGCGCGAAUUCAACACCUACAAGAGCGCGGGGUGCCACGUGCAUACCGACGAAGACAAGACUUGGGCGUCACAUGCUGUCUUAGACGCUUGGGCGCACAUCGCGCGGGCCGACUUCGUGAUUCUGUCUCGGAGUAGCUUCGGUCAUGUCCCAGCGAUGUUGAACACAAACUGCGUCAUCUACCAGGAGUACUGGAACGCGCCGAUGGACGGGUGGAUCUGGGCUGAGAAUUCGGACAAGGGUUCGAGUAACUUGUUCGACAUGGCAGCGUUCAACAGGUGCGUCGGACGCAUCGCGCGGCCGAGCUGGGGCAUCAUGAGGUAGACGUCAGUGUCCGAGCAUGUCCCCUUCUCUAUGCCGUAGUGCGAAUGUUAUACGUUUGGCCAGUCUGGUCGUAAGGUACAUGUGUUUGUGCGUGCGCGCGUGUAUAUGUGCGCGGCGUCAUUGAAUGUUCUCAAAUGCCACGCCUCUGUGCAUGGGAUUGCCUGUUGCAGGUCGGCGUGUGCGCUGCUCCGAAUCUCUCGUCUGCGGGGAUUCGUCGCUGAAGCGAAAAACAAAAAAAAAUGAGGACCCCCUAUCGUGCUAUGCGCAAUCGGA